AUGGCGCCCAAAAAGUCCAAGUGGGAACAACCCAAAAAGUCCGACCGUCCCGACGCCACCGAGCUCGUCGAGAUGAUCCGGCAGACUUAUAGUGCCAGCGAUCGCACCGAAGGCGUCCGCAAAUUUGCGACGCACCUCAGGCGCGGCCGCCUCUUCGCGCCGGCCUGGGCUGCCGUCGGCGGGGCGCCCGGUCUCGCCGAUAUCAUGGCCCAGCUCAACCUCGCUGACAUCCGAGUCUUGUGUAAAAUGCUGGGCCGGACAGCUUCGGUGCAUGGUGCCAUGGAGGAGAGGCGUGCCGCCAUGGAUGAGCUCGCCAGCCUGCUCUACGACUCGAGCCAGCCGCGCGACAAGCGGCCACUGCAGCACUUCUACCGCUGUAUCCUCCCGGCCUGUAGCGUCGAGGUCAUGGUGGAUAUACAGAAGAGGCACCGCAUCGAGUUGGCAAACUGUCAGAAGAAGCGGCUGCUUUUUGCCCAUCCACGGUUCGCGGAGAGCAGCUUUCUCGAAGAGAUCUUCGUUUCUGGCGAUGACUCGACCCUCAUACGCUAUCAAGUCCUCUGGAGGGGCAACAUUCCGCUUUGCGAGCGCGUGCUCACGACCCUGAUCGAUACCGCGGUGCCCUCGGUGCCAUCAAACUUUUUGACGUAUUUUGCUGUCCCGUUCCUGCGCGUGACGCUUGGGCGGCGCCGCCACUCGGACGAGGAGCGCGACAGAUUUCUCGACCUCGUCAUGCAGGGACUGGACAAGGACAAGAAGCACACGUCGCAGGCUCCCAGGGUUUCGAUUUCGGAUGGCAUCGUUUCAUAUGUCGUGAAGCGCUGGCACGCCGCACGAGAAGGUGCCAGAACGCAAGCCUUGGAGGCGCAUCUUGUCCGGUUGCUUCGCCUAAUCGAUCGAGACCAUCCUACGACGAGCAUCAACGACUUGUAUCGAGCUGUCAUGGCACACAAAAGGAUGGGGCCCAGCAGCAGGCACAAGCUUAUCCGCCUGUUUCUUCUGCAUAUCAAAAUCUUCCGCUUCGAUAUCGAGGACCCUACCCAAAGCGCUCGAUUCGCGCUGGCCAACAAACAUGACACCUGGCCCCCCAGGCUUUUUCUCUCGAUCGGCAAUAAAAGUGGACUGGAUCUGAUGGAGAAGCUCGAGGCUCUGCACCCCAAAGACGGCUUCAUUGGCCUUGAGAGGGGGAACACCGUGCUCGGGCAAUCCAGUCACUUGGGUACAGCACGGGGCGAUGUAGAGAUUCUCAGAGCUUUACUGUGCCGGGAGCUGAAGGACGGCAAGAGCGAGACCUCAAGUCGCCGUCUCCAUUCUAUCGUGCAAGAGCGGAAGAAAGCCGCGGAGCAAUCACGAGAAGCACCGCUUCGCGCCUUCUGGGCUCUCUCAGUGCUCAACCUGUCCGUUGCUAUAGGCGACCUGACUCUCCUGCACGACAGCAUCAUCUGGGCGCGCCGCUUCACCAAGGACGCCACGACUAUCAAGGAGAUAUUCGACGUGGUCGAGACACGCGAGCUCAAGGAUCUACUGUGCGCCCUACCCAACCCGGAUUCCGCGGAUGGGGCGGCACACCUGGCGGCAGCGUUGCCUCUGACACAGGAGAGUACCAUACUCCUUGCCAACCAGACCGUUCUUGCUCUGGCACAAUCUGCCAUCAUGGUAGCAUCAGAAGGCCAUGUCAAGAGCAAGAGAAGCUCUGCGAAAGGGAGCUACACAGAGGUCUCUUCUCUGCCUCGCGACGUCUAUAAGGCCCGUCUCCACUGGCUGAGUUCACUCCAAAUAAGGUUGAAAGUAGGGGCUGUCGCAGUGGAUCUCGACCAAAACAUGCUGGACGCGGUUUGUAAACCGACUGCAGACUUGCUCUUGCAAUUGGAGAAGCUCCGACGCUCCUCUGGGGGCGCAAAACUGGUAUUUCCAGGCGUACACCAACGUAGUUUCCCCUCCCCUAUGCAACUCAUUUCGGACCUCGCGCGAUGCAGAGGAGCAAUCCUGGCCGAGCUGGUGGCCUAUAUCUGUAGUGCCGUGCAGGAUGUGCACAGUCCUGAGGAUCCCGAUGACCACAGCUAUACGACCACGGUUCACAGCGUCAUCUCGGAAGUUACCAAAAGCGAUCACCCAUCGCUCGCCUGGCGCCUUUUGCGGAGCGCGAUUGCAGAGGGAGGGAGUGAUAACGCCUGGCACUGGGAUUAUUUAACUACACCUUUCAUCUCGGCGCUACCUGCGGACAUGGCCAAGGAGUUUUUACACUUCAUGGCCGACAGCAUUACGGGGCUGAUGAGGAAGCAAAAGUCCCUCCCAUGGGUCCAAGGCCAAAAGCCCGUAAUCAAGGUCACGACGAUCAAGAGGAUGGCCAAUGUGCUGCGGAGCAACAUGUUCGUCGACGCAUCCUCAUCAUGCGACAUGCUCAUCUCGCUUCUCGUCGAGGCCCGACACGUCGACGCCCGCAUCGCCAUCGUUGAGAGCCUGGCCCGUGUCAUGGAAGAUCAGACGUGCCCCGAAGAGCUGCGGGCGCGCAUACUCGACUCCCUGGAGCAGCACGUUGUCCCUGCAGCGGGCGCUCUCAACCCACGCCGCGUGCUCACCGAGGCAGACUGGGCUCAGGUCGGCGUCCCCGAAGUGGGCGAGGACGCCCCUCUCCUUGACCUGCUCGUCCGUCACGCCCGCAACCCCAAGCUGCACAAGGAGGACAACGAACAGCUCAUGGGGCUUGUCAUGGACGUGCUGCGUUGUUCAUCUACCAACAACGUCCGCUGGAUGAAGGCUUUUCUGUUCAGUCGCCAUGUGACCCUUGGCCCGGACGAGCGGCUCCCCAUCUGCCCCGCGAAUACCCAGGCCCUCCUGGGCAUCUUCAAAGACCUCCUUCAACAGAUUCCUCUGUCGGUGUUUCGGAUGGUGCGCGAAGUAGUCCUGGCCAAAUACACGGCAUCGGCAACCAUCAGAUCUGUCACCAAGAAGGUCUCAUCGGACCGGGACCUCAAGGAUUCCAACGCCGGCAGGCAUUGGCUUCACCAUUUCGGCGAGGAUCAAGAUCAGGGAUGGUCUGCAGUGGUCCAUGCGCUCCUGCGUAGACCUGCAGAUCCGGAAGUCACGCAGCCACUCGGCGAGGUUGGCGUUGGGCAACUGCAGGACUUGCUCCUCGAGUUUGCGGAGGCCCAGAUCCGGGCCGGCGACAGGGAUGGGUUGUAUCGCCUUGUGGAGAACCUCUCUGAACAGCGCUUCAACGGCCGUGAUCACUAUUCCGUGUGGAAGUCCAACUGUCUGCCUCUCGUGCGCCGUAUCAUCGCCGCGACCGAGUCCGAGCGUGCCACACCGACGGCGGGGGCCAGCUCGGAUCGAGGCCAAGUGCUGCUGUUGAACACUUUCCGUCUCAAGAGGGCUGCCAUUCGCAUACCAUUUUCUCGACUCGAUGACCCCGCACCGGACGAGGACCUCGAUGCGUUCGCGGCCGACGUCGUGGAGCUGAUCGAGGGAGACCUGGCUGCCCCUCGGCGCCGGGUCCCUUACCAUGAGGACGUCGAGGACCUCUGCAGGACGGUCUGCGCCCCUGAAGUCGCUCAAAUGUCGAGCAACUGCAUCAGGUUCGCGAAAAAGCUGGCGGACGUGGGAGGCGAGACGGCCUCACUUGGGCACCCCCCGCUGUCUGCUUACCUGCGACUGGAGAUGGCCGUCGAUGCCCUAAGGAGCCUUUCGAGAAUCAGUGGCAAGCAGCGCGAGGAGGUAGGCGAUUUGGUACGAUAUCUCCAAGGGUGCAGGAAUGAGGGGUUGGUGAUCAAGGGCUACCAGCUGGAAGAUUAUAUGAAGGAAAUGCACAAGUGA